AUGUCUCGCCUUGCCAUACCCGUCCCAGUCUUCCUUCCCCUCUUGGCCCUUCUCUUCCUGUCCUCGGUCCCAGAAUGCCAGUCAGAGUCCCAGUGGGGGACAGCGGUCGCAGCCGCCAUGCUGCCCUCUUCCCUACCUUCCACCGGGCCAUAUGGAAACAGCAGUGUACUGGCCAAGGGCAAGUGCGAUGACGUGACUGUGUGCAAGCCGGGCAUCCUAUUGCCCGUUUGGCAACCCAACCAGCCAGGCCUCGGAGACCAGAUCACCCGGGCGGUGGUCUACUUUGUGUCUCUCAUGUAUAUGUUCCUGGGCGUGUCAAUCAUCGCCGACCGCUUCAUGGCGUCCAUUGAGGUCAUUACAUCACAGGAGAAGGAGGUGACCAUCACCAUGCCAAAUGGGGAAACAUCAGUGGCGACGGUUCGUAUCUGGAACGAAACAGUGUCCAACCUGACACUCAUGGCUCUGGGCUCCAGCGCACCAGAGAUCCUGCUGUCAGUCAUAGAGGUGUGCGGCCAUGAAUUCAAGGCGGGCGAGUUGGGGCCGGGUACCAUUGUGGGGAGCGCCGCCUUUAACAUGUUUGUGAUCAUUGGCAUCUGCGUGUGGACCAUCCCCCAGGGCCAGGUGCGCAAAAUCAAACACCUGCGGGUCUUCUUCAUCACCGCCUUCUGGAGCAUCUUCGCCUACAUCUGGCUUUAUCUGAUCCUGUCUGUCAUGACACCCGGCGUGGUAGAGGUGUGGGAGGCCUUGGUGACCCUACUCUUUUUCCCAGUGUGCGUCAUCCUGGCCUGGAUUGCCGACCGCCGCCUGCUCUUCUACAAGUACAUGGGCAAGCGCUACCGUGCCGACAAACGCCAUGGCAUCGUCGUGGAGAUGGAAGGAGACCUGACACCCAACAAGGGUGGCAUGGAGAUGAGCGCGGACGGCAAGUUCACGCCACGGGGAGGUGCAGUGGUCCCCGCCGAAAACUGCACUGGAGACGCGGCGGCCAAUAAUGUUGGCGUGGCGUCAGUUGCGCCCGCGUCCAUGGGUGCUGCAGGCAACUUGCCCAACUCCAGCAGUGCCGUAGUUAACUUGGAGACGAGUCGGGAGCUAGAUGAGAGUCGCAAAGAGGUCAUCCGCAUCCUGAAGGAGCUGAAGCAGAAGUAUCCGGACAAAGAGCUCGACCAACUGGUGGAGCUGGCCAACUACUAUGCCCUGCUGCACCAGCAGAAGAGCAGAGCCUUCUACCGCAUACAGGCCACUCGCAUGAUGAUAGGAGCCGGUAACGUCCUGAAGAAACACGCCGCCGACCACGCUCGACGCGUCGUGGUCACCGAUGAGGAAGCGCCGGAAGAUGACGACCUUGCCGUGUGCAGCCGCAUCUCCUUUGAAAGUGCUCACAGUCAAUGCAUGGAGAACUGCGGAAUCCUCACACUGGCAGUCAUAUGCCAAGGGGGUCUGGAAGAGAAUACCUUUUACGUGGACUACAGGACCGAGGAUGGUUCGGCCAACGCUGGCUCCGAUUACGAGUACAGUGAAGGAACUCUGGUUUUCAAACCUGGAGAGAAUCGUAAGGAGAUUAAGGUUGGCAUCAUCGACGAUGACAUCUUUGAGGAGGAUGAGCACUUCUUUGUGCGCCUGCUCAACCUGCGGGUGGGCGACGCAGAGGGGAUGUUCGAAAGCGAUGAGGCGGGCGCCGCACCCAAGGGCCGGCUGGUGGAGCCCCUGGUUGCCACAGUGACCAUCCUGGAUGACGACCACGCCGGCAUCUUCACCUUCAGCGAGCGCAUGCUGCGCGUCAGCGAGAGUGUGGGCACUAUGGAGGUGACGGUGGUCCGCAACUCGGGCGCCCGUGGUACUGUCAUCCUGCCGUACCACACUGAGUCAGGCACGGCCAAGGCAGGGGAGGACUACGAAGAUGCGCAGGGUGAGCUGGAGUUCACCAACGACCAGACAACUCAGGCGCUACAGGUGAGGAUUAUUGAUGAUGAAGAAUACGAGAAACAUGAAAACUUCUUUAUCGUCUUGGAAGAGCCACGCUGGCUGAAAAGAGGAAUUUCAGCUCUGCUUCUCAGCCAAGAGGGGUACGAGGGCCAUCUGAACGCUGAGGAGGAGGAGGCCCGGAGGAUUGCAGAGAUGGGUAAACCCAUCCUGGGGGAGCACAGCCGGCUGGAGGUGGUCAUUGAGGAGUCGUAUGAGUUCAAGAGCACCGUCGAUAAGCUCAUCAAAAAGACCAACCUGGCACUGGUCAUCGGCACACACUCCUGGAGGGAGCAGUUUGUGGAUGCCGUCACUGUGAGUGCAGGCGACGAUGACGACGAAGAAGGCCGUGAGGAACGCCUACCGUCCUGCUACGACUACGUCAUGCACUUUCUAACAGUCUUCUGGAAGGUUCUGUUCGCCUGCGUGCCGCCCACAGAGUACUGGAACGGCUGGGCCUGCUUCAUGGUCUCCAUCAGCGUCAUUGGGCUGCUCACCGCAAUUAUCGGGGACCUGGCGUCGCACUUUGGGUGCACGGUGGGACUGAGAGACUCUGUGACCGCUGUCGUCUUUGUGGCCCUGGGAACCUCCAUUCCUGACACGUUUGCCAGCAAAGUGGCCGCCAUCCAAGACCAGCACGCAGAUGCCUCGGUGGGAAAUGUAACGGGUAGCAACGCCGUCAACGUCUUCCUGGGAAUCGGCGUAGCCUGGUCGGUAGCUGCCAUCUAUUGGAGAAUCAAAGGCAAAAAAUUUGUGGUGGAGCCGGGCUCGCUGGCUUUUUCCGUCACGCUCUUCACUAUCUUUGCAUUCAUUUGCAUGGGCGUGCUGCUGUUCCGUCGCCGGCCCUCUAUCGGAGGCGAGCUGGGGGGGUCUCGACUAUCCCGCAGCCUCACCAGCCUUCUUUUUCUAGGCCUGUGGUUUCUCUACAUCCUCUUCUCCAGCCUGGAGGCCUACUGCCACAUCCAAGGCUUCUAA